AUGGUCUUACUCGAGAAUACCAAUUAUCCCCUCAGGGGUCUGCCCUACAUUCUAUAUGCACCUGCGCCCCCGGAGGGCCAUAUGCAACCUGCAAUUCAAAUAUGCACAUACCUGGUGGACCAAGGCUUUGAUGUGACGCUCAUGGGCAGCCCCAGAUGGAAACAAGCCGUGGAGAGUUCCGGAAUGAACUUUGCGUCUCUUGUUGGCGUCGUCGAGGACACGACCUCAAACAAAGUGCACAAUAUGCCGACCGAUAUCAUGACGAUGCCUUUGGCGCCUCUCCUCGGAGCAGACUUCGCCCUGCGUUUUGCUAGAUUAAUGGUGAAGUCAUGGGACGUACUCAGAUUCGCAUUAAUCGGCAUGGCCAAUCGACUCGGGUUGAAAACACUCCGGAGUCGCGGGAUUGUUAUUCUCUCGGAUACUGCCUUUCCGGGGGUUCUUCCGCUGAAGCUGGGAGCAUAUAUGCCACCUGGGUUCCAAGAAAUCCAGAUUAAGACACUGGGAAUCGGUGUAGUGCCCCGCUUCUGGGCGACACCGUACCACCCCCCAUGGGGACUUGGUCUACCAUAUGAUGCUAGUGACAUGGGCGUAGCUCGCACUUUACGAGCUCAUGAUGAGCAAAAGGCUCUGCAUCGACAGAAAGGGGGGGAGGACAAGGUGCGUAUGAUGCUUGAUAUUUACGACUGCAACAUCAGUAUCGAAUCGCUGUUUCACGGAUAUCAAACAUUUUGCUCCGGUGAUGGCGACGCAGUUAUUUCGCAUACUUUCCUCGACGCAAUAACUGUCUGCAAUGACACAACGCUGCAAAUGAGCACAGAAAGUCUUGAUUUCCCGAUGCCACCGGGUGCCAAAAAGGAAUAUGUUCCUUCGCACCUGAAACACGCGGGCUUCUUACCCCGAAAGAGCAUACCGUCUGACCUCAGGUACCCAUCGUGGUUCCAUGAACUGACAAUGCCGGAACGACAAAGUCUGUCCUGCUCACCCAAGGUUGUUCUUGUGGCACAAGGGACCCAGACAAACAAUUACGAUGAAGUUGUGAUCCCUACUAUUCAGGCUCUCACUGGCGAGACGGCUAUAUUGGUGGUCGCUAUCUUGUGUCAUCGUGGAGCGCAUCUCGAUCUCUCCUCGUUCAAAGACGGAGUCCUCCCCCCGAAUGUUCGUGUGCUCGACUAUUUCCCAUAUGAUGCUAUACUUCCCUAUGUUGAAGUCUUCGUCUCAAGCAGCGGGUUUGGUGGUCUCAGUCAUGCUAUAGCCAAUGGCGUGCCCAUGGUUCAAUGCGGCUGGAUCGUCGAUAAACCCGACAUCGGGAGGCGAGUCGAAUGCUCUGGCCUGGGCUUGUACAUUGGGAGAGAUGAUUACCCGGCCAAACCGGAAGCCAUCAGGUGUGCCGUCAAAACAAUACUCAACAGUCAGGGGAUAUAUAAGCGACGAGCUGAGAAUCUGUGCAGGGAGUCAAAGAUGCUAUAUCGGCCCCUGGAAUGCAUCAGGGAAGAAAUAAUGGCACUUCACGGAGAUUCAAUGAUGGUUGGUGGUGGUUUAAAAUGA